CCUCGCUGCUCCGCGGCCCUCGCCGCGCCCUGCCACGGCUCCGGGCCCCUACCCGACGCGGCCGCUGCUGCUUCUUCCACCUUUGUUUCCUCUGCCAAAGAUAUCCGCUGUAAGCAAUGCUCCACCUCAUUCCCGAGUUUACAGUCGUACAUGGAGCACCACUGCCCCGGCGCGUUCCCCCCCCUGCUGCGCGACGAGGAGAGCGAGGUGAGCGAGGCCGAGGACGACAGCGACGUGGAGAACCUGACGGGUGACAUCGUCUACCACCCCGACGGUUCGGCCUAUAUCGUCGAGAAGGACAAGGAGCUCUGCAAGGGGGGGGAGGGCGGCGGCGGCGGCGGCGGCGCCGGGGGCGCGUUCCAGCAAGCUUUAAACGUGAACUCGAAGGCCAGAGACUCGGCGCACCCGCAGAUUGUGAGCACCUUUCACAUCGCGUCGUCGCUGGCGCGGCGGUUCAGCGUGGACCAGGCGACGUUCCCAAAUACCUCAGUGCUGGUGCCGGGGCUCGGCCCCGUGCUGCACAGCUUCCGCGUCUUCGACGUCCGGCACAAGGACGAAGCGGACGAGUAUCUCAACAGCGACGGCUCAGCCAAAAACUCCUGCACAGCCAAAGAUGUUCCCACCACCUCCGUAGACCUCACCAAAUUCGACGGCUGCGCCCUGUACGGCAAGCGGAAGCCCAUCCUCAUGUGCUUCCUGUGCAAGCUGUCCUUCGGCUACGUGCGCUCCUUCGCGACGCACGCCGCCCACGACCACCAAAUGACGCUCAUCGACGAGGAGCGGAGGCUGCUUGCCAGCAAGAACGUGUCGGCCAUCAUCCAGGGCAUAGGCAAGGACAGGGAGCCCCUGAUCAGCUUUCUAGAACCAAAAACUGCAAGCUUUCAACAGGCGACGAUAACCUCAACGGCAAACCUCGAAGGUCCAAGACCAAAUUUUUAUGGCGUGUUCAGCGGCGUCCACGUGCCCGGCAUGGAGGGCCUGCAGGCCGGCCAGUGCUUGGCGAAGGGAAGUGGUAAGUGCAAUCCAAAGAUGACGGAGCAGACCGCCCCUCCUGCGAAGCAGCAGUGGGGGUCGAACGCUCUGAUGAACCUUGGGGGUUUGGUAAAAUUCUCGCGGGGCCAGACCGCUCCCUCGGCGUCGCUGGGGCAGCUGGGCGGCGCCGAUGCUGUCGCCGGGGAGGAGGGCGAGGAGAAGCCCGCCGACGGACCCGCGGCGGCGGCAGCCAAAGUCCCCAUCAAGUCCGAGCCCACGGACGUGGAGGAAGAAGAAUUCGGCGACGAGCUCUACGCCAACGAGUUUGACGAGGACGACGGCGACGACGACAGCGGCGACGGCGCUCGCCUCGGGCUGUGGGACAGCGCGAGCAGCAACGAACUCUCGAGUCUUACAAACCAAAGCAUUUCUCAAACUUCUUUCCUGCCUCAAGCGCUCAACUCCUCUCCAAAGGGUCCCUCGUUUAACUCCUUAUCGAUUCUCUCUGAUAACGCCGCGGGCAGCUCGGAGCUGAACGCGGAAUACGCCGCUCAAAAGCGCGGCGACUUCUCUGACGGCAAGGCCGACGGGUUGCCCGACGGCGCCCUGAAAGACACCGACGUCGACCAGGGCGAGGUGGCCACGGCGGUCGAGAUGGCGCUGUGUCGGCCUCACCGGAUGCUGGGGUCGACACCGCCCUGCCUGGUGAGGGAGGGCGACUACACCCCAGAGAGCGACCGCGAGUCGCCGAAAUGCGACUUCCUCCUGAGCCACACGGCGCUCGCGCUCGGGGGACACCUGUCGGCGGCCAUGCAGUCGCGCAACUCCUGCAAGACGCUCAAGUGCCCCAAGUGCAACUGGCACUACAAGUACCAGCAGACGCUAGAGGCCCACAUGAAGGAGAAGCACCCCGAGCCGGGCGACGUUUGCAACUUCUGCACGUCGGGGCAGGCGCACCCGCGGUUGGCGCGCGGCGAGAGCUACACGUGUGGCUACAAGCCCUUCCGCUGCGACGUCUGCAACUACUCCACCACCACCAAGGGCAACCUGAGCAUCCACAUGCAGUCCGACAAGCACCUCAACAACAUGCAGAGCUUGCAGAACGGCGGGCCCGUCUCGGCCGACCAGGCCGCGUACGGGCACCACCUGCCGAGCACGGCGCCGGGCGGCCUGGGCCUCGGCCUGGGCGUCGGCGGCGGAGGCGGCGGAGGGGGCGGCAACAACGGGAUCGGCGCGGGCCCCCCGUCGGCGGUGGCGGCGGCGGCGGCACCCAAGGCCCGGCCGCAGCAGCAGAAGCCCGUGUGGCGCUGCGAGGUGUGCGACUACGAGACAAACGUGGCGCGCAACCUCCGCAUCCACAUGACGAGCGAGAAGCACGCGCACAACCUGCUGCUGCUGCAGCAGAGCAUGAAGACGCUGCAGCACCACCACCACCACCAGCAGCAACAGCAGCAGCAACAGCAGCAGCACGGGCUGCAGCAGCUGGGGCUGGCGGGGCUGGCGGGCGGCAUGCUGAGCACACCCACUGAGGCGGAGCUCUACCAGUACUACCUGGCGGCGGCGGUGGCGGCGGCGUCGCACGGGGCCGGCGUCCCCGAGCGCCUCAAGCUGGAGGGGGGGCUGAGCGAUGCGCAGCAACAGCAGCUGCUGCUCUCCGGCUUCCAGAUCGACCCCAACUCGACGGGUGGCGCCCUCGCGCCCACGCUGGGCGGGGAACUGCCGUUGGACAUGAGGCUGGCGGGGGCCGCGCUGGCUCCUCGCCGACGACGUGGUGGGGAGCCAUCGGGCGCCGACAACCCGGCGCUGAAGCUGUUCCUGUGCGGCGUGUGCAACGCCUUCAGCACCGACGGCCUCGAGGCGCUGGCGGCACAUGCCUCGGCCGAGCGCCGCCUGCCCGAGGAUGAGUGGAAGGGCACCGCCGGCGACGGCGCCCACGCCUGCCGCCUGUGCCAGUACAGCACGCCGCUGCGCGCCAACUUCCAGCUGCACUGCAAGACCGACAAGCACGUGGCUAAGUACCAGCUGGUGGCGCACCUCCGCGAGGGCGGCCACGCCAACCAGUGGCGGCUCAAGUGCGCGGCGCUCGGCAGCCCCGUGCAGCUCAAGUGCAAUGCCUGCGACUACUACACCAACAGCCUGGAGAAGCUGGGGCUGCACGUGACGGGCCAGCGGCACGAGGCCAGCCUGCGCCUCUACAAG